AAGUAAUGGAUUCCAAAGAAUUGCUGAACUCGUCGGAUCAAGACGAAACAAGGAAAAAUGCACUCAUCAGUACCAAAGGAGGGAUCGUGAUGGACUUUCACCCACCCUUCAGGGGUGGAGCUACUCUACAAGCCCCUGUGUCUACAUCUCCUCUCCCUGUGUCUUCUCAGUCAGAUUCCAAUCAGCAACCUGCUUUGGCUGACUUUUCAAAAGGAUUAGUAAACAAUGUGCCUCAGCCAGACCUUUCCAAGGCAGUAUCGCUUUCGAUGGGACUGUACAUGGGUGAAACAGACGCAAAAGUGAUGGGAAACGACCUUGGAUUUUCGCAGCAGGGCCAAAUCGGCAUCUCUUCUGGAGAAACGGACUUCAGGCUCCUGGAAGAAAGUAUUGCGAGCUUGAACAAGUCCUCGAGCCUGGCCGAGGACGCAAAGGGAGCAAUAUCUUCUGAGGUGCCACUUGAGCCGGAUUUCCCAGGCAUGGCUGGCCGCAAGGUCCCUUUAGAGUCAGGAACUGCAGUCCAGAGCCAGGUUGGCUCGAAUGGUGGCAACUUGAAAUUAUUCUCUGAAGACCAAAGCACCCUGGAUAUUCUCCAGGAUUUAGAAUUGCCGCCGGUAUCGCCUGGUAAAGAGCCCAAUGGGAGCCCGUGGAGGCUUGACCCAUUGCUAGAUGACAGUGGCUUGCUGUCCCCUAUAUCUGCAGAUGAUGCAUUUCUCCUGGAAGGAAAUCUCAGUGAAGACUGCAAGCCUCCUGUUUUAUCUGACACUAAACCUAAAAUUAAUGACCGUGGUGACCUUUUACCCAGUUCCAAAAUGCCAAUGCCUCAAGUGAAAACAGAAAAGGAAGACUUCAUUGAACUCUGUACUCCUGGCAUAAAGCAAGAAAACAUGGGCCCAAUUUAUUGUCAGGCAAACUUCUCUGGGUCUAAUCUGCUGGGUACUAAAGUCUCUGCCAUAUCUAUCCAUGGUGUCAGUACCUCUGGGGGACAAAUGUAUCACUAUGAUUUAAAUACUGCAUCGCUCUCUCAGCAGCAGGAUCAGAAACCAAUUUUUAAUAUCAUUCCAUCUCUUCCUGCCGGUUCAGAAAAUUGGAAUAGGUGCCAGGGAUCAGGGGAUGAGACGUUAGCUCCUUUGGGAACACUCAGUCUUUCUGGCAGACCUGCUUUCUCUAAUGGCUAUUCAAGCCCUGGAAUGAGAUCAGAUGUAAGCUCUUCUCCAUCCACAACCUCAGCAACUACGGGACCACCUCCCAAACUUUGUCUUGUUUGCUCUGAUGAGGCUUCUGGGUGUCAUUAUGGUGUUCUUACUUGUGGCAGCUGCAAAGUGUUCUUCAAGAGAGCUGUGGAAGGGCAGCACAACUAUCUGUGCGCUGGGAGAAACGAUUGCAUUAUUGACAAAAUUCGGAGGAAAAACUGUCCAGCAUGCCGCUACCGGAAAUGUCUUCAAGCUGGCAUGAACCUCGAAGCUCGAAAAACAAAGAAGAAGAUAAAAGGAAUUCAGCAGACUAACGUAGCAGGAACGCGGGAUGUUUCUGAAACGCCUGGAAACAAGAGCAUCGUUCCUGCCUCCCUGCCGCAGCUGACCCCGACCCUGGUUUCCCUGCUGGAAGUGAUUGAGCCAGAGGUGCUGUACUCGGGCUACGACAGCACGCUGCCGGACUCCAGCUGGCGGAUACUGUCAACUCUCAACAUGUUGGGAGGACGGCAAGUAGUAGCUGCAGUAAAGUGGGCAAAGGCAAUACCAGGUUUCCGAAAUUUACAUCUGGAUGACCAAAUGACCCUUCUGCAGUAUUCAUGGAUGUUCCUAAUGGCUUUUGCUUUAGGAUGGAGAUCAUAUAAACAAUCAAAUGGAAAUCUCCUGUGCUUUGCACCAGAUCUGAUUAUUAACGAGCAGAGGAUGAAUCUACCCUGUAUGUAUGAACAAUGCAAACAUAUGCUUAUGGUGGCCCGAGAGCUAUCACGGCUUCAAGUCUCAUAUGAAGAGUACCUCUGCAUGAAAACGUUGCUUCUCCUCUCUACAAUUCCUAAGGAAGGCCUGAAGAGUCAAUCUUUGUUUGAAGAAAUCCGUAUGACAUACAUUAAAGAGCUGGGAAAGGCCAUAGUGAAAAGAGAAGGGAACUCAAGUCAGAACUGGCAGCGAUUUUAUCAACUGACUAAACUGUUGGACUCUAUGCAUGAUGUGGUUGAAAAUCUUCUGAGCUUUUGCUUCCAGACAUUUUUGGAUAAAUCCAUGAGUAUUGAGUUCCCAGAAAUGUUGGCAGAAAUCAUCAGCAAUCAGAUACCAAAAUAUUCAAAUGGAAAUAUCAAGAAGCUCUUAUUUCAUCAGAAGUGACUGCCUUAAUACAAAAGGGUUGCCUUAAGAAAACGUCAAAUGAUAGCUUUUUUUUUUGUAAAGAAAAAACCUACCGGACUUGUUAAUUUUGUCCUUGCAGCGGUGUUUCUUUUGUAAUUAUGCACUACAUGUGGUUUACAGAGGGCCAAGAUUUAGGCUAUAGAAGCAGCGUAUUUCUCACAUUUGGUAAAAAAUUGGGGAGAAAGGAAAAUAAACCUUAUUUGUCAGAAAUUCUGUAUCUCCCCUCGUGCAACAUCCAUGGAUGCAUCAAAACCACCGGUGACAAGAUCUGAGGCUGUGUUAUGAACGUUCUGCUAAUUAAUUUCUGCAGUUGGCUGGAGACAAUUUUCUAGGCUUUUUUUUUUUUUUUAGUAAAGUGUUUUGGAUUUUUUUUUUUUUUUUAAAGUUAAGGUAGCAUUUUGGUUUAUGCAUGUAACCUGAAGAAAGUUUACAAGUGUAUAUCAGAAAAGGGAAG